CCUCAAAGUCUCUGAAACUAGUGACGGAGGGGAACUAAACACCCACUCCACACUUGUGCAUAGCACUUUAGGGGUGUUUGUACCUGCAGACAGGAUGAGAAAAUGAAAAUGUCACUGAAGCCACCAGCAUUGGUGCUACUCACUGUUUGCGUUGCAGCAGCGGCCAAAUGUUCGGCUCUUUUAAAUGAAACUCAAGCAAGAGUGGACAUUCUCGUUGGUUCUUCCCUGACUUUGUGCUACCGACUAAGGAGCCAGACACCAGAAAGAUUCCGGAUUUGCUGGCAUUUUAAUGAAUCUGGGUCUUUGUUGGACCACUCCAAAGAACUCUUUUGCUCCAAGUUAAACAGAAGUGUGCACAAAGACAUGGCGCUCAGCUAUACUUUAUCCAACAUCAAUGCACGGCACAGUGGAUGGUAUUUUUGCCGCAUCCACGUGGAUAUUCCAAAUCUGACGACUAUGAACAGUAGUGGGACGCAAGUGUAUGUUCAGGGUAUUUCUGUGCCUCCCACAGAUGUUUCCCUGCUGAAUAAAUGGUGGUUGUGGAUUACCGUUGGAAUACUCUGCCUCAUCCUCGUGGCCCUGAUGAUUCUCUGUGUGCACCAAAUCCGACGACGUCAACGACGUAAAGAAGCACAUGCAGUUUACGUGAACACACAUCACUCCACGCGACCUCCUGCUCUCGGGGACCAACUUAGGGUGGCCCCCAGCAGCCAGAUGGCUCGCACCCCAAGUCCUGCCAGGGACAAGGACCGCAGCAGAAAACAGAGGCCCAAAUAGAGCCCACAAACGCCAUGUUUCUUUCCAAUAUGUUAUUUAUACUUAAUACAAAGUUGUGAUUCCAAUUUGA